AUGGCUAUUCCUUUCAUCGGAAGGCUUCGCCCCCACGAGUAUCUAGCUCUCGUGGGAUCAUUUAUUCUCGUCGGUCUCGAGGCAGUCAUUCGAGUCUUGACUUUGGCUUUGCCCCCAUUUCUUGUUACGCUUUUCUAUAGAGCUUCAAGACGGCUCUUCAAUAGGUUUUCUGCGCCUGCGAGGCGACGAGCGGAGACGAUAUCCACCAAGGUACGAGACGCGCCUGACUUUGUUGAGUUGUGUCGCAUUUGGGGCUACGAAGCAGAGGAACAUAUCGUCCAAACCAAGGAUGGAUAUCUUUUAGGUCUUCAUCGUCUGCAGUGGAGAAAGGGCGAAGAAGGUCAGAAGGUCAAUUACGGCCCGACGAGUCUGAAAAAGAAGGUCAUCUACAUGCACCAUGGCCUUCUUAUGAACUCAGAGGUUUGGGUUGCUCUCACAGAUGAGCAGAGAUGUCUACCAUUCGAGCUGGUUGAGAGAGGUUACGACGUCUGGUUUGGAAAUAAUCGGGGUAACAAGUACUCCAAAAAGUCAAUCAAUCAGUCGCCCACCUCCAAUGCCUUCUGGGACUUUUCCAUCGAUGAAUUUGCCUUCCACGACAUUCCAGAUAGCAUUAGCUAUAUCCUUGACACGACCCAGCAGGAGAGUCUCUCGUACAUCGGCUUUUCGCAAGGUACAGCCCAGGCUUUCGCAAGCUUAGCCAUCCAUCCCAAGCUCAACAACCAGAUCAAUGUCUUCAUCGCUCUCGCGCCUGCUAUGGCGCCUGCCGGCUUAUCUAGUGGAAUUGUCGACGCGCUCGUAACAGCAUCGCCUUCUGUUUUGUUCCUCUUGUUUGGUCGUCGUUCCAUUCUCAGUUCCGCUACUAUGUGGGAGACCAUCUUGUACCCACCCAUCUUCAGCAAGCUCAUCGACAUGGGACUUUCAUUCUUGUUCAAUUGGCAAACCCUCAAUAUCUCCGCGAGUCAGAAAUUGGCUGCUUACCCACAUUUGUACUCUUUUACGAGCACCAAGAGUGUGGUUCACUGGUUCCAAAUCAUUCGAAACAAAUCCUUCCAGAUGUAUGACGAUGACGUUCACCAGCCAAUCAGUGUCACUUCAAGCAGCAAAUACUCUAAGGUUGCCAAGUACCCGACUCGAAACAUCAAAACACCAAUCGUUCUGGUUUACGGCGGCAGCGAUUCCCUGGUGGAUAUCAAGGUUAUGCUCAAGGAACUACCACCUCAAACUGUGGCAACUGAGAUUCCUCACUAUGAACAUCUUGACUUCCUCUGGGCCCGGGAUGUCGAUACCCAGGUUUUCCAGCACGUGUUCGAUGCGCUUGAUAGCUUCACCGAUGCCGAGCAUACAAAGGAGGAAUAUGAUCGUUACUUUGUCAGUCGGCAGGAGAGUCUUCUAGGAUCAGGUUAUGCGUUUGGGCAUUCUUACCAUGGCAGCGAGAGCGAGUCUUCGACACUUACACCAAGUCUUGAGGGAGCCAAUGGCGUCCAACUUACGCCCCAACCUCAGCCACACCGAGCACGAGAGCAGGCGUCUGGAAUUCCUUCUCCGAAGAACACGACGAGACACAGAGUGAAAUACUCCGGCGAAAUACCUGCAGGCGACCGACCAGCCACCCCUGAGCUUUUUAAGAGUGCUGCGGGAAGAGACUCACCUGAAAGUGGAUUGGAUUCCCCGGUGGCGGCCAGGGUAAAAGCUGGUGUCAAGCGCAGUGGGAGUGUCGGGAGCAAUAUCAGCCUGGAUAUGCGAGAGGGUCGUGGUAUCAGUGUCGGUGCGAGUAAGGCUGCUGGUGGCAUUGUGACGAAGAGCGGCGCUAGCGGAACUAACGUGGAGGAGAGUCCUAGAAGGGACAGCUCUGCAGAAAAGAAAAAGAAGUAG